AUGAAGUAUUGUUUGGUCUGUGUACGUACUGUGUACUGUUUAUUUACUGUGUGCAGUGUGUAGUAGUAACGCUUGUUAGUAUAUAGUUGACAAGCGCCAUCAAUUGCGCUCAGGAUCUGCACAAGUGCAUACAGAAUGACCAUGAUCACGGGUAUGUCAGCCGACGAUGAUGUGUCACCAUGCUCUCCUGUGCGCGUGGAAGAGCUGGUUGAGAAUUACGAUAUAGAAUGGUCUUGCAAAACUCAAGGCCGUGACGAACACCUGGGUGGAUGGGACUUCAAGCGUACCGAUAUCACCGGCAAACUCCUUUUCCGGGACGACGAGUCUGCGGAGGGCGAGCACGUGGGGUCUAUAUUCGUCACACGGAUCAACCGGACGUACAUAUGCAACGAGGUUCUGGCGUUUGACGAUGUAUUGGAUGAAACGGUGGAGAUGAACAUGAUUGUGGCCUUCCUGGAGAAGAUUAAAGAGGAAGGAGAAGAGGAUAGUAGCGGCAACUGUAUCUUUGUGCAGCAUCUCUAUGUAUCUCCGCGUCAUCGAGGAUAUGGACUGGGGUGGUUUAUGGUACAGGCCUGUGAUGAAGUCUUCAACAGCGGCAUGUCCCUGGCCGUUUUAAUGGCCUACCCACAGCAGUAUAACCACAGACUGCAGCUGUGUCACGAACGGUUCUUGCCCGGCGCCAACGCAAGCUUAGCCGAAGAUUAUUCCCAGUUUGACGAUGGCCGGAAUGAGUAUGUAGAACAAGCUGAGAAACUUACUAUGUACUUCGAGGCGUUCGGGUUUACCGAUAGGGGGGAUGGAAUGCUGGCUCGAUGGAACGGUGAGCGGCACCCGAGUCUGCAUGGUCUGAUGGGCCGAAAGAUUGCCGCAUCGGAGAAGUGCAGGAGGCGACCGAGUAUAGAAGACGCAAUCAGAUGAGGGGUAUAUAUAUAUAUAUUAUUAUUAUUAUUAUUAUUAUAUAUAUAUUAUAUUAUAUAUGUAUAUAUGUAUAUGUAUAUGUAUGUUCAUAUUGGACGGUAGCGGACAUAUUCAGUGCUGUGGAUACCAUAUGCUUGAGCUAUUCAGCCGGAGUUGUAAUCCGAUGUAUGAAGUGCCUACGUGACCAGAAUGCGAUGGGAUUGGAUUGUGGUGCGUGAUUGUAGCUGUCAAUCCAUUUCUGGGGAAGCCAUUCAGUGUACACGCAGAGUCGCUCAGCCGCGUGGACGACAUGCUUGAUUAUGGUCGCUAACAAAUCAGGGCCAGUAUGUGAAUUCAAAAGCUAUACA